UCCGCAGUGGCAGCUGUUGAAGGCAUCAACAAGAUCAAAACAGGAGAACUGGUAUCUCUAUCAGAACAACAGCUCGUGGACUGUGACACAGAUACAGGCAACGAGGGCUGCAGAGGUGGAUUCAUGGAGAAAGCAUUUGAAUUCAUCAUAAAGAAUGGUGGAAUUACCACUGAAGCCAAUUACCCUUACAUGCAAAAGGAUGGUACCUGUGACAAAGAGAAAGCCAAAGACCACGAAGCAAAUAUAACUGGAUUUGAGCAGGUACCUGCAAAUGACGAGAAAAGCUUGCAAGCUGCAGUUGCCAAUCAACCAGUAUCUGUUGCAGUAGAUGCUGGUGGAUAUCUCUUUCAGCUCUAUUCUCAUGGUGUCUUCAGUGGCUACUGUGGAACACAUCUCAACCAUGGAGUGACAGUAGUUGGGUAUGGUGAUGAUAAUGGAAAGAAGUACUGGACAGUGAAGAACUCGUGGGGCACUGGUUGGGGUGAAUCUGGCUAUAUCAGGAUGCAACGAGAUUUUAUCAGAAAGAAAGGUAUCUGCGGCAUUGCCAUGGAUGCUAGCUACCCUACUAAGGACUAAGCAAAUUUUCUGGAAAACUAUUCGCUGCUGCUCAUUAGAUUUCCAUCUAAAUAUUAACCUCAUUUCUAAAUUAUAACAUGGAGUUUAAAUUGAUAAGAUUGAAACGUUAGAAUUGCAGGGAAUGAGUAUCAUUAUGGAAUAAAAGCCUAGUCAAUAAAAAAAAAUCUAAUUGAAUGAUCACUUAUUCUUGAUGCCUCCUCAGCCUCAUAAUUAUUUUCCCCUCCAACUUUCCUAGGGAAAUUUUCUAGUAUAACAAAAUUAUAAUUUUUAUCAGGUGAAAGAGACUGCAAGAAAAAGCAUAAAUCAUGAAUAAUGUAAGGGAGACAAGUGAAGAUGUGAAUGAUGCACUUAAGAGAAAUAUCAGUGACACUACUCAGGACCCAAAUGUUAGUCAACUGCCGAUUGGUCUGCAAGAAUAAAAUCAGGACAGCAAAUCUUGGCAGAAGCAAACUAUUACAGUCCCAUCCUUCAAAUUUCAGCUUCAACUUUAAGAAAAGAAAAAAGAAAAAGGAUGACCCUUUUUUUAUUUGCCAAUCUACAGUACUAACCACAGAAAAAACAUUGUUAGGAAAAAAAAAACU